UGCUUGGAAAUCCGGCCUGUAUUAUUUGUUUACGACGUACUCGCAUAGGUAUGUAUAUUCCGUUGGGAUUCCGAGUAAAACAAACGCAUAUCAGUCCUCGGAGAUUAAAUUUCAGUGCAGCUCUACAGUGUUCCAAGAGACAUGUGAGCAAUCGUGAGGAUUGAAUGAAUCCGUUCAUCAUCGAGUGCGGAAAAAGUGCUUAGAGACGAAACUGCGAGAUAUGCUCCGAAAAUCGAGAGCAUUCGCUGCCUGCUACUGCCAAGAAAGGAUAAAACUAGCGCGAGAGGAGACUAUUCUUGCUGAAUUUUGAUGUAGAAAUUCUUGUAUGCGUUACUUCAAAGAUGCGUUUCUUCAUUUUCAUUUUAUUAGCCGCUUUGCAGCCGAAUUUUCUGGCGGCUCGAGUCAUAACGAGUAAAAUUAAAAGAGAGAAAUUUAUCAGAGAAAACUACUGCUUAGUUAGGGAACCGGAAUUUUCACAUUUAUUUAAUUUCACGGGGCUGUCAAAUUCUAAUAAGGAUUAUAGCAUUCAGCAUGAUGUUGAUGCUAUUUUGAGAUUGCAACCUUGUGGCAUGUUAAAAACUAAUUGCAAUGGUCAAGAUGGCUACUCCAUUUGUCUUAAUAAAACCGGACAAGAAAUAGGCAUAGGAAAAAAUCCACCUGAAGUUGUUCGCGAGUUUGGUGAAAUUAUUUUCAAAUAUACUGGUGAUAAAUGUGAUAAUCAGCAUAAUUACACGGUAGAGAUCCGGAUGAAGUGUGAUUUGGGAGUUACAGAUGCCAAUGAAGGCAUGGAGCUAUAUGCGGCUGGAUACAAUGAAUGUGAUUUCAAAUUGGAUUGGAGGACUUCAGCUGCUUGCACUGAACCGAAAAAAAUAAGCUGCACUGUUAAUCAUAAUUCUGAUCAUUAUGAUCUCAGUGAAUUAACAAAAAUUUCCGGAAAUUAUGAAGUCUAUUUUGCCAAUUAUACAAAAAAAGUACUUCUAAAUAUAUGCCACUCUGUUAUUUAUGGACCAAAUACAUGCAAAUCCAAUAAUGCAGCUUGUCUAAUUGAUUUAGAAACUGCUAAAAGCUCACCUUUAGGUGAACCUAAUGAAAAUUUAAAAUACAAUGUAGAUGGCACUUUGUCAUUAAAAUAUACGGAUGGUGCACUAUGUUCAUCUGCUGUAGAAAAUGCAUCUUCAAAAUUGGAAGCAACAAUAACAUUUAUUUGUGAUUUGGAUGCAAUUGGAACAUUACCAGACUAUGUAGGAGGUAUGGAACUGUGUCACUACCGUUUUAACUGGACAACAGCAGCUGCUUGCAGUGAACAAGCCUUACAUGCCAAGAGUUUAGAAAAAGCAAAUUCUGAUGUGUGUGCAGUGAAAAAUCCAAUAACAGGCCAAACUUACAAUUUCACAGCAUUAAUGAAUAAAGAAUUAAGUGUGAAACCAUUUGGAACAAAUGAGUUUUACAAAUUUACUAUUUGUAAUGCAAUAACAAACACUACUUGCAAAAAACAAACAGGAGCAUGUAAACGUCAUAAAAGUACAUCAGGUGGAAUUGGAAAUUCAAAUUUGAUGUGGAAAGAGAGUGGACCAUACUUGAAUUACACGAAUGGAGAUGUAUGUUUUGGUAAACAGCAAAAGUAUACAGUGAUUGAAUUUUAUUGUGGUCCAGAUGACUAUGAAAUCGAUGUAAUAGAUUUGUGUUAUGAUCUAAUUAAGUAUAGUACUCCACUGGCAUGCAAAAUACAGAAGACUUGUUCAACAUAUAACAAUCAAGUCAAUCUUAGUCCAUUAAUGUUACAGCUUUCCAAUUAUGUGAUUAAAUCUGAUGACACAGAAUAUCAUAUAAAUUUGUGUCAACCACUUGUCAAGUAUGACAAAUUUAGUGUUUGCACAGAUGAAAAAGCCAGUAUUUGUAAACUUAGGAUUAAUAAUGGAAAAGUAAUAAGUACAACUAAUUUAGGAAGUUUUGAUUCCGCCCCGAACACUUCUAGUGAUCAAAGUGCCGUUAUAGUCUACCAUAAUGGGUCGGCUUGCGAAGAUGAUAAAAGACGAAGAAUUGAAUCCAGUAUUUCGUUCUUGUGUGAUAUCAACAGCCAAAUGACGCAACCACGAUUCCUAUCCUACCAUAACUGUACGUAUUUUUUUGAAUGGAAAACAAGUUUAGUGUGUGGGAAAGUAGAUGGAUAUUUUAACGACAAUUGUUCAAUCAAUAAUACACUUGGAGAUUUCCGUAAUUUAUCAUUAUUAUCCCAAAACAAGGGCUUAAUAAGUUAUUUACAGGUCACGGGUAAAGAUAAUACCGUGUAUAAAAUUUCCCUUUGUGGAAAUAAGAAAGAAUGUAAUGGCGGGUUUAUUUGCGAUGAUAAGGUCAACUAUGGUACCAGUGUAAGUGUCCUUUAUGAUUAUGCUGAAUCAUCUGAUAUCAUUCGACUACAUUUUACGGGAGGAAGUAAAUGUAGUGAUGGAUCGCUUGCUCAAUCCGUUUUAAGUAUAAAUUGUAGAAACAAGAAUAUUUUGAGUCCACCAGUUCUGUUAAAGGAGAGUUCAUGUUAUUUGGAAUUCGAAUGGGAUAGACCGCAAAUAUGUCGUUUUCUGUCCGUUCCUGAAAAUUCAAUUUCUAAAGAUACUGAUACCAAAAAUAGCAUAGCUCCAAAUGAAGCAGCUUCAUUAAGCGGAGGCAAAAUAAUGGGUAUUAUAGUUCCUGUACUUAUUGUUGUGAUAGGAAUUUUUUAUCUUCUAAACGAAUCAAGACGAACGCACCUUUUUGAGAUGAUUUCUAACUCAACUUCAAGAAAUUGUGAUCGCGUUAAGUAUUCUCGGGUGAAUACCAUGGAAGAAGUUCACCUGCUUUUAAAUGAGUCUGAUCCGACCGUCGAAGAGUCGGAAAGUGAUGAUGAUGAACUUCUGGAUGCCUAGUCAUUUCCUUCUAACAUUUUCCAAAUGAUUACUAACAAAAUUAUCUUUAAGCUCGAAUUUUUUACUGUACUUAAAAAUGUACUUGGUCAAACUAAAAAGACGCCUUAAAAGUGGAACUUGAUGAGUACAAGUGAAAUGUAUAGAUGCAGAGACUAUUUUCUGUAUGUACAGAGACUAUUUUCCUGUAAAAUGUGUAAUUAUUUACCUAAUGACGAGGCUAAAUUAUAAAUGUUUGUAUGAUGAUUUUUUUUUCAUGUGAAUCUAACAGAAUUAUAAUGACUCAAAAUAGUUUGUGUAAGAUGUGAAAAGACUUGCAUUAUUGAAGUAAUGUUGUAAAUGUAAUUAAACAUUAAUAAGUUUAACAGAUAAGAAACGUAUUUAUGUAUAUAUUAUGUUAAGAAUUUCAGUCAUGAUUUUAAUUUUAUUAUUCUUUGAACAACAAUAAAUCUGAAACAAAAUAUUUUCAUUUAUAGUUUAUUCUUAAUGUAAUACGUAUUUACAUAAAAAAGUCGAUUAGAUAUAUUUUUUCCUUGGUCGAUUUUUACGAUCUCUUGACAAUCUCUUACAAAAAUAUAAAUUAAAAAAUUACAGCUAAUGAGUAUACAAAAUUACAAGAUAAUUGAACAAUUAAACAGUUUUACAUCUGUAAUUUAUUACGCUUGUUGUUUAGUUGUGUUAUAUUAUAAAUACAUUUUUGUAAGUUGUUUUACGACUUACAAAAAUGUAUUUAUAAUAUAAAUUUUAAUUUCUACAACAGUUACUAACGUUUUUAAUCGAAGACACGAUGUAUGUACAACAAAAGUAUAUACAAGAAAUCUUACAAAGUAAAAAUAAUCUUGUAAGUGAAAUAAUUACACUGGUGUUUGUUAAGACCAGAAAUGUCAUUUCAGUUAUCGAUAUUUUCUUUAGGCUUAUUAAACUAUAAGUCUAUAGAUUCUACUUUUAAUAUGUUUAAAUAAUAGCGGCAAUAGAACAUAUUAUAGGUUUAAAUUGAAUCAUCUAUAUAGCAGAUAUUAAGUCGAGACGUAAUUUAAUUUAGUUGCCAGAAAAAUAAGGAUAGUGUGACUUUUGUUACAGCUUAAUGAAUAUGUUUAAGAUUCAGUGAUAAAUUAAAAUGAUAUACAAUCAAUUAAAUAGUAUAUUGUGUACCAAAGGCGAAAAGUGUUUCUUUUUCUUUUUUUUAUCGAGUGUGGAGAUUGCAUUACAAGUUGAGGCUAGCUAGCACGAGCCAAAGACGAGUAUCACAACCACACAAGGUCAAAAAGCCCACUUAGCCUUUGGGAUAUACUGCGAUUUUUGUGCCUUAAAACGCCGAAAUCGUGCAUAUGUUACAAACAUUUUAUCUUACAACAACUGUUUUCGGUUCUAAUAAUGUCGAAAAGCAAAAUCAUUGCUAAAAUAUUCAUAUUUUGACAUCAUUAGAGGGAUUACUGUCAGUCAUUAAUAUCGUUAUUACUACUAACACCUAAAUCUUAAAGAUUUACACGAAUACGUUGAUUAAAAAAAAAAAACUAGUAAAAUAUUUGUAAAAAAUGUAUUCAAUUUAAUUUUUCAAAUUUCAAAUAAUUUUAGCACUUGAAUACCGCAUUAACCGCAUCUAGGAUUCAAUGUUCCUUAUACAAAUAUUUUAUUAGUCUUUUUGAACUUAAGUCUUUCAAUAAACUCAGCGUACAAUGAUUUACUUAUAGCAAAAGCAUUGUACAAAAUUGUUUGUUCAUCAUUUUUUAAAUGUUUUUCUAGAUGAGUCAUUUUCAACAAAUUUGGAGCAACACAAGGUGGUAUUUAAUAUUUAGCAUACUCUGAUACUUGAUUAUAUAAUAAUAAAUCAAACUGCAUUUUUACAGCAAGGCUUUAUAUUCACUGUAAACGAUAAUUUAGGAUUCAACAACGAUUGAAGAUAUUUGUGUUUUUAACAGAAUAGGUACAGAGAUACUUAAACAGCAUAUCAUAGCAAAUCUAACGAGCUUACUCAGAAUAAAUCGAUAAUAUUUUAGGAUAUUGUUUAGCUUUUCAAUUAAUGAAAAAUAAAUAGAUUUUCAAUCGAUAUUCUGCACAGUUAAAACAAAUAUGAUUUCGUAAAACCAAAAUCACUUUUAUCAGAGCACUAAAAACUAUAGCACUAUCACGCUAUAUUUUAUACGCGUUUAACAUAGAGUUAAUGUGCGCUCACGAUGUCACAAAUCUACAUACACUUUUGUACGUUUUCUAUGCCUUAGUUCAUAUAACACAAAGUA